ACACCGUGGGGAGUGUUUCAACGUCGCUUGCUCUGCACUAAGCGAAUUCUGCCGAGAGACGCGUCGCCUUCUGCCACGAAUUUGUCAACAACUUAAUGAUAAUCAGCCAAACGUUUAAGCGAUAACUUGAUCAAUUAAUCCGAAAAGAACAUUGAUAAAUCUUAAUCAAUUAAAAAAAGGAAAAAAGUGUGAAUACUCAUCGAUUAAUCAAUUAACAAAAGAAUUAAAUAACGCAAAAAUGAAGCAAACUUUUUUGGCAGCUUGUUGUAUUCUACUGGCCGUGCUGUGUCGCAACAGUCUGAGCGCAACUGUUCGUCCUUAUAAAUUUGGAUUUACCAUCGAGGAGCAGCAACAUCGCGCAGAGCAACGAGAUGAGAUGGGCAUUGUUAUGGGCGAAUUUGGUUUUAUCACCGCCGAUGGACGUUACCAUGUUACGGUUUAUGCCACCGACGAAAAUGGCAAAUUUCGCAUUAUUUCCAUGAAGAGUUUUCCCUACGUAGCUCCUCCUGGCAAGCCCAGCACAACUGUCGCCACAACGACGCGUGCUCCGCCGCCAAAGCAAAGUUUUGCUGGAGCUGCCUGCUCCGGCUGCUUCCUAACCAAUAAUGCACCAGCAGCAGCAGCUACUUCAUCACCUGCUCAGCCAGCUCAGCGUCCAGCUCAGCAUCACAAGACUGAGAUACGUCCGCUGUCGCUGCCGCUAGCACCAGAAACGAUUACAGAUCCAAGUAAGUUGCCCCUUGUCUACCAGAAGCAGGCCUUUAAGCUGGCCCAACUGGCUGUCAGCCAGAUCACAGAAAAGAUGAACGCUCUGCUACAAGGCCAAGCUCAAGGAGGUCAGACUCAGAGCGCAGUCCCGACGACCCCAGCUAGCCAAGCCUCACUUCCCAGCGUUUCACUUACUAAGGCGCCAGUUCUGGCCGUGGGUUUACCACAGGGUCCGCCAAAAGGACAGACUCCAGUGACCCAAGCUACCCAAGCUCAGUCCUCAGCUAGCCAGACUCCGAAGACUCCAGUAGGCCAAGCUCAAGUGACUUCAACAGUUAAACCUCAAGUUACUUCAACUGCAAAGCCUCAAGCAAUUUCAACCUCAACGGUUCAGUCUCAGGUGCUCCCAGCUAGCAAACCUUCAGUAACCUCAACUUACCUUGCUCCAAAAAUUCCAGCGGAGCAAGCUACAGUGACUCCAGCUGGUCCGCCUCUUGUAACUGCAGCUGGCCAAGCUCAAGUGUCUCUAGCUGUCCAGACAUCCAGUCUACCUCUGGGCUUGUUAGCUCCUGCUCCAGCACGGGGUCCUGUUAGGAUAACUUCCACUGGUGAGGUGCAGGGACAGCUGCCUGACAAGCCUUUGGGAGUCUCUCAAGCAGCCGAUCAAACCUACGUUGACCGUGGCGUCAAUGUGGCGCUGCCCUUCCAGCAGUCCAUAGCGCAUUCAAUUGAUGCUGCGCUGGCAGAAAGUCAAACGCACAAACAAAUUGCACCCAGUCCACAUAAACAACCACAAGCACAAGCACAACCACAGCAGCACACACAACAGCAACAAGCACACACUACACCCACACAAAACAAGUUGAAACCCGGCAGUGCAACUCCUCAACCUUUGCACAUUCAGCUUAAUCCCAGCACGUUCCCGACCAACACUGUUUCUAAGCCUCAGGAAGUACAAAAGGUGACUAUUGAUCUGUCUAAGACUCAGCAAAUUACGCCUGCCCCAACUGGACCAAAGGAUCUGCAGAGUCAUAGCUUCGGCACUUCUGUGAAUCAAGGAAUCCAGCAGCAAGCUCAGAUUAAGCCCACCACUUUCGAUAUCCAGCAGCCACCCAAGGAACCAAAGGAGCCGAAACCGGCUUACCAACCACUGAAUACGCACCUCAAUCCGAGCACAUUCCAAACACAUCAGCCACCCAAGGUGGUUGAAAAGGUGAGCAUUGACUUGGCGCAAGCUCCGAAGAUUCCUCCAGCAACAACAGGACCAAAGGAUCUACAAAGUCACGCCUUCGGCACACCUGUUAAAGUGGCUCCUGUCUCGCCAAAGCCAUCACAACAAUUGCACCAAAACGUCAAACCUCAGCAAGCAGUUUACCAGCCACUGAAUACGCAGCUCAACCCCAGUUCCUUCCAGAUCCUGCAGCCACCCAAGGAAGUGAAAAAGGUUAGCAUUGACUUGGCGCAAGCGCUGAAGGUAACUCCAGCGACAACUGGGCCAAAGGAUCUGCAGAGUCAUGAAUUUGGAGUCACAACUAAGCCUCCAAGUUCCCAGGCAACAUACCAGAAACCGAACAGUGCCCCAACAGCGCAGAAACCAUCCUUGAAUCUGAAUGUGCUGAGUGCUCCUUUAGUUUCCAACAACCGUGAGCAGCUGAAUAAGCAAGUCUCUGGAACACCAACAAAGCCGAAGCAGACUUCUCAACAAAGCACACACACGUUACUAUCCCAAUUAGCGGCUUCUAAGCCGCUAACGAAGGAUAAUGUGGAGAAAGCCAUGAAGCAAGUAGUGUUGCCCUUGACCAACAAGAUCAAACAGAGUGCCCAAUCUCAGCACAAAGAGAAGGCGACGCCCACACAUCAUGCCACAGCUGCUACACCAUCGCAAUUUGAUGCCGCCUUUGCAGCUGCUGAUCGCCUGAAUAGAGUUGUUGUAGACAAAAUGCAGAAAGUGGCGCUGCCAGCGUCACAAAUCAUUCCCAAGCUUGUGGCGAAUCAAAAACACAACACACCACAGAAACAAACCGCACAGCACAAAGUCACCUCACAAAAACCCAACACACUGCAGCAAACUGUUAUUCCGCUGCCUGCAGCAACGGCUAACAAAUUUGUAGCUCCACACACGCAUGCAACACCAGAACACACACACGCUGCCAGCGAGAUCCGACCAAUAAGCACGCCGGCUAUCGGAGCAGUUGGCAACGCGGCUGCUAGCAACAAUGGCUUAGCGCAGCCAGCAACCAAUGCACAAAACUCACCCGCUAAUGGUCAGUCUCCCGCAAAUUCUCCAAGCUUAGCAGCGACAGCAACCAAAGCGGGAACCGGUUCGACCGGUUUACCUGUUAAGCAGUCAGCCCUAGCGGUGACAACAACUCAAUCGGGUAGCGGUUCUUCACCGUUUGCCAAACAGCCAGCGUUGACUUCAACCCAAACCGGAUCGAGCCAAACGGGUGAAGCGGGAGAUUUGUACAAAUUCAAAUAUCUACUGGACUACAACGGUCAUGAGGAAACCGGUAGUAGGAAUGGUGACAAAGAAGGCAAUUACUUUGCAAUCGGCGAGGAUUCUGUGCUACGUACCAUUGAGUACAUUGCCAACGAGUUCGGCUACCAGCCGCGCAUAAGCUGGCGUAGAUUGGAUGCAAGCGAAAUCGCUAAUUUACCAACAGAGAAUUCCCUGAAGCAUUACGAGUUCAAGUGGUUCAACAAGCCAUCGGAAUAGUUGAGGCACAAAUAUAUAUUAAGGUAAAAUAAAAAUAUGUAAUAUCUGGUGUAAAUAACAAUAAACAUUGAGGAGUACAAAAAAAUACGAGAGUG